GUACCUCAAACACAUCGACACCUACCCACCCGCAGCAGCAUUCAUCUCCGCCUUCCUCGCCCCCUCCGGCGCGCGCUUCCUCCUCCUCCACCAACCCCCGCAACUCCCAACAGCCGGCUCCGCCGCCGCCGCAUCAACAGGAGCAGCCGGAGCAGCAGCCCCCGGCACCGGCAGCGUCAGCAGCAGCAGCGGGGCGUCCUCGCUGCUGGGCUCCUCUUUCGCGGCGACGGCGUCCUCCUCGCGCACCUCGUCGAGCUCCAUUGCGGCUAACCCGACCUCUCCGCAGACGGAGGAGGCGGUGCGCCAGUUUAUGAGUGAGGUUUAUGAGAAUUACGUGAAGACUGUUAUGAGUCCGUUUUAUAGGCAGGGGAUGGAGAUUACGAGUCCUGUUUUUAGGGGGAGGGUUACUGCUGCGGGGAAGAAGUGGUUGUAAUCUUUUCUUUUGGGAAGGAGGAGGUUUGAUUGUGAGUGGUUUGUGGUUUGUGUAUUUUAUUUAUUUUUUUUUGCUUUUUCUCCUUGCUACAUGUGAGGCUAGCGUGGCGUUCUUGACGGGUUAGAUAGCUUGGUUAUUCCUUGGUCUAUCGGUAUCAGCAUAUU